AUGCCAGUCCGAGUCGUGGCCAGGAUACGACCGCUCCUCGAGAAGGAGCUGGACCGGGACGUCAUUGUUCGUGCAGACAGCAACGACGACGGCCGACAACCCAGCAUUGUCAAGAUCCCGAACCCCAAGAACGAGGCCGAGGAGUUCUCGUUCGCCUUCAACAGCGUCUACGACCAACCGACCACGCAGGAAGAGCUCUUCAAUGCUGAAGGCAUGCCUCCCAAUUCACACACUUCUUGA